UUUCGUUCUUUUACAAAAAAAUCCGCGAUAUAUUGGUCUCCCUUCUCUGUUUCUCGCUCCUCUCUCUUCUCUCUCUCUCUCUCUCUCUGCGCUGAGGGUUCUGGCGAGCUUCACUGCUGCAAGAUCUCGCAGCGAUUCGCUUCCGGCCGUGGGAUCUGAUCUGUCCGACUGGACCGGCCGCUGAUCCGAUCAACCAUGGCGGCUGCGAACGCUCCGAUCACCAUGAAGGAGGCCUUAACGCUUCCAAGCUUAGGCAUCAAUCCACAGUUCAUCACCUUUACGCAUGUCACGAUGGAAUCAGAGAAGUACAUCUGUGUGCGCGAAACAGCGCCUCAAAAUAGCGUGGUCAUCAUUGACAUGAGUAUGCCUAUGCAACCUUUGAGGAGGCCUAUUACUGCAGACUCAGCACUGAUGAACCCAAAUUCUAGAAUUCUCGCUUUAAAAGCCCAACUUCCGGGAACCACCCAAGAUCACUUGCAAAUAUUCAACAUUGAGAUGAAAGCAAAAAUGAAGUCUCAUCAGAUGCCAGAGCAGGUUGUCUUUUGGAAGUGGAUUACUCCCAAAAUGUUGGGUCUUGUCACCCAAACCACGGUAUAUCAUUGGACAAUUGAAGGUGAUGCUGAGCCUGUAAAGAUGUUUGAGAGAACAGCUAAUCUUGUCAACAACCAGAUAAUAAAUUAUCGAUGCGACCCUUCAGAGAAAUGGUUGGUUUUGGUUGGGAUUGCUCCCGGUUCGCCUGAGCGGCCACAACUGGUGAAGGGGAAUAUGCAACUUUUCUCUGUGGAUCAGCAGCGUAGUCAAGCCCUCGAAGCGCAUGCUGCAUCAUUUGCAACUUAUAAAGUUCCUGGAAAUGAGAAUCCUUCAACUCUCAUCGCCUUUGCAACGAAGACUGUUAAUGCUGGUCAGAUUGCAUCCAAGUUACAUGUUAUCGAGCUGGGUGCCCAACCAGGGAAGCCGUCUUUUUCGAAGAAACAAGCGGAUCUUUUCUUUCCUCCUGAUUUUACUGAUGAUUUUCCAGUAGCAAUGCAGAUAUCCCACAAAUACAGUUUGAUAUACGUGAUCACCAAACUUGGACUGCUAUUCGUCUAUGAUUUGGAGACAGCUACUGCUGUGUACAGAAACAGAAUUAGUCCAGAUCCGGUAUUUCUAACUGCAGAAGCUUCAUCAGUUGGUGGUUUUUAUGCAGUAAACAGGCGUGGCCAGGUCUUAUUGGCUACUGUAAAUGAGGCAACGAUUGUGCCUUUUGUUAGUGGCCAACUGAACAACUUGGAGCUUGCAGUGAAUCUUGCAAAGAGAGGAAAUCUUCCUGGUGCAGAGCAGCUGGUUGUGCAACGUUUCCAAGAACUCUUUGCUCAAACUAAAUACAAAGAAGCUGCUGAGCUUGCUGCCGAGUCUCCGCAAGGAAUACUUCGCACCCCGGAGACAGUUGCUAAAUUUCAGAGUGUCCCAGUUCAAGGUGGGCAAACACCACCUCUCUUGCAGUACUUUGGGACCCUUCUAACCAGGGGAAAGCUUAAUGCAUUUGAGUCAUUGGAGCUGUCUCGCCUGGUUGUGAAUCAAAACAAGAAAAACCUUCUUGAGAACUGGUUGGCUGAGGAUAAGCUGGAAUGUAGUGAGGAACUCGGGGAUCUUGUGAAGACCGUUGAUAAUGACCUCGCAUUGAAAAUAUAUAUCAAAGCCAGAGCAACUCCAAAAGUAGUUGCAGCUUUUGCUGAGCGGCGAGAGUUUGACAAAAUUCUGAUAUACUCCAAGCAGGUUGGGUACACACCAGACUAUCUCUUCCUUUUGCAGACAAUUCUGCGAACAGAUCCUCAGGGAGCUGUCAAUUUUGCACUAAUGAUGUCUCAAAUGGAGGGAGGUUGUCCUGUGGAUUACAACACUAUAACAGAUCUCUUUCUUCAGAGGAAUUUGAUCCGAGAAGCGACUGCAUUCUUGUUAGAUGUACUAAAGCCAAAUUUGCCAGAACAUGGUUUUCUUCAGACAAAGGUUCUCGAAAUCAAUCUGGUCACUUUUCCAAAUGUAGCUGAUGCCAUCUUGGCUAAUGGCAUGUUCAGUCACUAUGAUCGUCCUCGAAUUGCCCAACUUUGUGAAAAAGCCGGUCUCUUUGUUCGGGCCCUGCAGCACUAUACUGAGCUGCCAGAUAUCAAGCGUGUCAUUGUGAACACACAUGCCAUUGAGCCACAGUCACUUGUUGAGUUUUUCGGUACACUAUCGCGAGAGUGGGCUUUGGAGUGCAUGAAGGACCUUUUGCUGGUCAAUCUGAGGGGCAAUCUUCAGAUUAUUGUACAGGUUGCGAAGGAAUAUUGUGAGCAGUUGGGUGUUGAUGCAUGCAUAAAGAUUUUUGAACAAUUUAAGUCAUAUGAGGGGCUGUAUUUUUUCCUAGGCUCGUACUUGAGCUCCAGUGAGGAUCCUGACAUUCACUUCAAGUACAUUGAGGCUGCUGCUAAAACUGGACAAAUUAAGGAGGUGGAACGUGUGACUAGAGAAUCAAAUUUCUAUGAUCCUGAAAAGACUAAGAAUUUCCUGAUGGAGGCCAAGCUUCCUGAUGCACGGCCGCUUAUUAAUGUUUGUGAUCGUUUUGGCUUUGUGCCUGAUCUCACACAUUAUCUUUACUCAAAUAACAUGCUUCGAUAUAUCGAGGGUUAUGUCCAGAAGGUCAACCCUGGAAAUGCUCCUUUGGUAGUGGGGCAGCUGAUAGACGAUGAAUGCCCAGAAGAUUUCAUAAAAGGCUUAAUUCUUUCUGUUCGAUCUUUGCUACCAGUGGAGCCUCUUGUUGACGAGUGUGAAAAGAGGAAUCGACUCCGUUUGCUCACUCAGUUUUUGGAGCAUCUCGUGAGUGAGGGAAGCCAAGAUGUACAUGUCCACAAUGCUCUUGGUAAAAUCAUCAUCGAAAGUAACAAUAAUCCGGAGCAUUUUCUCACAACCAACCCAUACUAUGAUUCACGUGUUGUGGGUAAAUAUUGUGAGAAACGCGAUCCUACUCUCGCGGUUGUGGCUUACAGGAGAGGCCAAUGUGAUGAUGAACUUAUCAAUGUGACGAACAAAAAUUCCCUGUUCAAAUUACAAGCCAGGUAUGUAGUUGAAAGGAUGGAUGGUGAUCUCUGGGAGAAAGUUCUGGACCCUGAGAACUCUUAUAGGAGACAGCUAAUUGAUCAGGUUGUCUCUACGGCUUUGCCUGAGAGCAAGAGCCCAGAACAAGUUUCUGCAGCUGUUAAAGCUUUCAUGACGGCUGAUCUUCCUCAUGAGCUAAUUGAACUUCUUGAGAAGAUUGUGCUUCAGAAUUCUGCUUUUAGUGGGAACUUCAACUUGCAGAACCUGCUUAUCUUGACAGCCAUCAAGGCAGAUCCAUCUAGAGUUAUGGAUUAUGUCAAUAGACUGGAUAACUUUGAUGGACCAGCGGUUGGGGAAGUAGCUGUGGAAGCCCAACUUUACGAGGAAGCUUUUGCAAUUUUCAAGAAGUUCAAUUUGAAUGUCCAGGCUGUAAAUGUCUUACUGGAUAAUAUUCAAAGCAUUGAACGAGCUGUUGAGUUUGCAUUUAGGGUUGAAGAAGAGGCUGUUUGGAGUCAGGUAGCCAAGGCCCAACUAAGGGAGGGUCUUGUCAGUGAUGCUAUUGAGUCAUUUAUCCGUGCAGAUGAUGCCACUCAGUUUUUGGAUGUUAUUCGUGCUGCUGAGGUUGCUAAUGUCUAUCAUGACUUAGUGAAGUACCUUCUGAUGGUGAGGCAAAAGACGAAAGAACCCAAGGUGGAUGGCGAGCUGAUAUUUGCAUAUGCCAAGAUUGAUAGAUUGGGUGAUAUUGAGGAAUUCAUCCUCAUGCCAAAUGUCGCCAAUCUUCAAAAUGUUGGUGAUCGCUUGUAUGAUGAAGCCUUAUACGAAGCUGCCAAAAUCAUUUUUGCCUUUAUUUCUAACUGGGCCAAGUUGGCCAGCACACUUGUGAAGCUGAGACAAUUCCAGGGAGCUGUUGAUGCAGCUAGAAAAGCCAAUAGUGCAAAGACAUGGAAGGAAGUUUGCUUUGCCUGUGUUGAUGCCGAGGAGUUUCGCUUGGCACAAAUGUGUGGUCUCAACAUCAUUGUACAGGUGGAUGAUUUGGAAGAAGUUAGUGAAUAUUACCAGAAUAGAGGAUACUUCAACGAGCUUAUCUCUCUCAUGGAGAGUGGUCUGGGUUUGGAACGUGCACAUAUGGGCAUUUUUACCGAGUUAGGUGUCCUUUAUGCAAGAUACCGUCCGGAGAAGCUUAUGGAGCACAUUAAGCUGUUCGCCACUCGGCUCAAUAUUCCCAAGCUUAUACGAGCUUGUGAUGAGCAGCAGCACUGGCAAGAACUCACCUACUUAUACAUCCAAUAUGACGAGUUCGACAAUGCAGGAACAACCAUAAUGAACCAUUCUCCUGAAGCAUGGGAUCACAUGCAGUUUAAAGAUGUCAUCGUCAAAGUUGCCAAUGUUGAACUGUACUACAAGGCUGUGCACUUCUAUUUGCAAGAACAUCCUGAUUUAAUCAAUGAUGUUCUCAAUGUGCUUGCACUUCGUGUGGAUCAUACACGUGUUGUUGACAUUAUGCGAAAGGCUGGUCACCUGCGACUUGUCAAGCCUUACAUGGUUGCAGUACAAAGCAACAAUGUUUCUGCUGUGAAUGAAGCUCUGAACGAGAUCUACGUAGAAGAGGAAGACUAUGACAGAUUGCGUGAAUCUAUUGAUUUGCAUGAUAACUUUGAUCAGAUAGGCCUCGCGCAGAAGAUUGAGAAACAUGAGCUUCUUGAGAUGAGACGGGUUGCUGCUUAUAUCUACAAGAAGGCUGGUAGAUGGAAGCAAUCAAUCGCAUUGUCCAAAAAAGAUAACCUUUACAAAGAUGCCAUGGAAACAGCAUCUCAGUCUGGUGACCGUGAACUAGCAGAAGAGUUGCUUGUUUAUUUCAUUGAACAGGGAAAGAAGGAAUGCUUUGCUUCGUGCCUCUUUGUCUGUUACGAUUUAAUCCGGGCAGACAUUGUGCUUGAACUUGCCUGGAUGAACAAUAUGAUUGAUUUUGCUUUCCCAUAUCUGCUUCAGUUCAUCCGCGAGUACACUAGCAAAGUUGAUGAGCUUGUGAAGGACAGGAUUGAAGCUCUCAGUGAAGUAAAGGCUAAAGAGAAGGAAGAGAAGGAUGUCAUUGCACAGCAGAACAUGUAUGCUCAGUUGCUGCCUCUAGCUUUGCCUGCACCCCCGAUGCCCGGUAUGGGAGGACCGGGGAUGGGAGCAGGGUUUGCUCCCCCACCACCAAUGGGUGGGAUGGGGAUGCCUCCUAUGCCACCCUUUGGCAUGCCGCCUAUGGGAAGCUACUAAAAUUCAUGGAAGAUGGACCUUGCUAUUCAUUUCUUUGAUAGCUGUAGCUUCACAAGACUUUGUGGGCUCAAAGUUUUCGUUAUUGCUCUGGAGGGGACAGAGUUGGGGUGCUGCGCAAUAACUGUCUCAAGUUUUUGUAUCUUUCAUAGGCUUGUGGGUAAUUGUUGUAACACAAUUGUUUUCGGUUAGGAAGCGGCAUUCUUUUGCUGUUGUAGAGCGUCAGGGGAAGAGGAUCUGCUUGUAUUCUAAGUGAUCUUAUCGGUGUCUAUUGAGGGAAACAAUAGUAAACUACAAGAAGAUAUAUAGACCGAAUCCCAGUGUGAGGAGAUGUGUUAGCAUGUUUGUUUCCUACUU